UGGUAUUUCAGCUCUGUUUGUAACAAGUCAUUAUGAAAGUCAUCAAUACCUUCUUAAACAUAUUCUUGUUGGCCGGUACCUGUGUGUUAUUGGUGUUAACCGUGGCCGGUGGUUCGUCUGACUCGUUCCCAUUGAAUAAGUUCUACUGGUUAAGGGCCGAUACCAGCAAAAUCUCCGGUGCUCCUUCCGAGUCUGCUUGGACCUUCUGGGGGGUUUGUGAGUACGGCAACUUCUCCAGCUGUACGUUGGGUCCUGCCUACCCACUUUCACCCGUGGAUAAUUUCCAUACCUCAUCCCAUGUUCCAAAAGACUUUGUUGACAAUAGAGAUACAUACUACUAUUUGACCAGAUUUUCGUUUGCCUUCACAUUGACCGGCUUGUCUUUUGCCGGGAUUGCGUUGAUUAUCGACAUUCUCGGGUUCUGUUUUGAGAUUAUUGAUAAGGUUGUGUUAGCGUUCAUUGUGUUGGCCAUUAUUUUUGUUGCCGGGACCGCUGCCAUGCAAACAGCGGCUACGGUAUUGGCCAAGAAUGCUUUCCUGGACAGUAAUUUGUCUGCCAGUGUGGGAGUUAAGGCAGUUGCCAUCAUCUGGGCGGCCGUGGCGUGUCUUUUGUUGGUGUUUUUCAACACCUGUUUUGCCAACAUUGCCAACUCUUAUAAAAAGCACAUCAACAGAGUGCAAGAGUCGCAGGGUGAGGCCACCUACCCUGAGCAGGACAACGAUGCCUCAUCGUUCACCAGAGCCACCCCUGCUACGGAAGAGCCAAAGACCGAAGAAGACAAUGGAGGAAUUCGGUUUUUCAAGAUUAAGAGAAACCACAAGGUUUCGGAUGAUGAGAGCGUUUAGCUUGUUUUCUUUGUAUUAUAUACCACCUAAUUGAAAAGACUGGAAAUGGCGUAGGAUUGAGUAGGACAGAUGCAGACCGGCAGGACUUGAAGGGCUGGUGAAGACUUGAUGGAUCAGCCGGACUGGUUGAACUCGUGAGGGACAGGCUGAACUUGUGAGUGCCAGGCUGGAGUAAAAGAAGCAGUUGCAAAAUUCAUGAGUGAGAAAGAAACCUGGUGAAAAACACCUAGUGAAAAGAAAGAGUGAAAUUCACCACAAGAGCGAAAUUAAGAAAUGAUGGGGUAUAAAAUUGUUGGAAAUGGCCGUAAUCGCCACCACCUCUACUACCACUCCCACUCCCACUCUCACUACCACCACGGGCGCCAUCCACAAAGAUUUGUAUAGUUUUCCUG